AUGCAAUCAUUUAGAGAUCUUCUCGUUUUCGACUUUGCUUUCCAUCGCGAAAAAAUACGAUACGAAUACGUUCUAACGCAUGUGUAUGCCGCCUUUUUGUGGAAGAAUUACGCAUCUUCUUGGAACUCUUCCCAACCACUUCAGGAGCAGCGUUUUCGUGAGGUCGCUGGAAAGGAUAGUUAUUGGCCGUUUACUAUUGCUUUGGACCAAAAUGGAACCCUUUGGAUGACGGUGUUUGACACGAACAGAGAAAAGCCAAGUCAGAAGCUUUUGAAGGCUGCAGUCGGAGCCAAAUCGUACAUGUUCGAGGCCCCGCCAGAAUAGAUGGUUCAAGCGGUGCAGAGGGAAACGUUGCCAAAGAAGAAUACUGAUCGACUUCGUUUUCCUCUUGGCUAUGGCCAUUUUAUAGUUUUACUAGCGGGCUUAUUAUCAUUUUCAAAUAAAGGGGAAUUUAGUGAUUAUUAGAAAAGUGCAAGGAUUUUUUUUAGUAGAGAGGUGACGUCAGUUGGAAGCCAUAGCGUAAGGCCAUCAAGGAACCGCCCUUCAGCUUCAAAAAAUUCAAAAUCCUUCUGGUUUACCUCUUUCUGAAUGAAGAGUCUUUGUAACAGUUAAUAAAUUUUCGCAUGUGCAAAAGGA